AUGUCCAUGCAGAAAUGCUUUACAUUGGAUCCUUCGGAAAAUAAAAAUUUAGAAGAAUUAUUAAAUGAGCUAUCUCAAUCUAAAAAGCUCAUUCAAAAAAUCAAAAAAAACGGACUUCUUCAAAAAUAUGGCAUUGAAUCUACUUGCGAAGACGACAGAUAUAGCAAAUAUAAGUCAAGAAAUGAUCCGAUUAAAAUAAUUUGUAAUAAUAAUCUAAAUAAAAAAAAUCGUGAAGGUAAAAAUGAAGAAAAGGUAGACCCUGAUAGAGAAUACCCUGAUUUUAUAAGUAAAAAUAACCCAUUCAAACCUAAAAAUGAUAAUGUGGAUCCUUUGAAGAAAUAUAUUAAUAAAGAUACUUUAUUUUCUCCUAAAAAUAACUUAGGUCUUUUGAUUUCCAAUGAAAAUUGUCUCUUUCAAAGAAUUCUUAAAACAGUUGAAAAAGAAAAUAUAAAAAAUAAGAAUGAAAAAUAUAAAAAACGACAUAAUAAAUUACAAAAAAUACCAAACAAAUUAGAAAAUAUAAAUGACAAAGUGAAUGCCGAAAAUAUUAAGAAUCAUAAUGAAAAGCAGUUAGCAGAAUCAUUUAUGAAAUCUAAAAUAAUUGCACUUGAUAAAAAUCAAACAAAUGGAAAAUUUAAAAACAAAAAAAAAGGAAAAGUUUAUUUCAAUAAUAACAAAAUACGAUAUUCUUCUGUAGAUAAUGUUGGAAAGUGUUCAGUGAAUAAGAAAAACGAACAUAUUCAUAAUAGUUGUAUUGCAAAAAGCGGGAAAAAUAAUAAAUGUUCGAAUCCAAGUAAAGGUAUUAACAAAAAUAUAUCAUUUCAAAAUAUCAAAGAAGAUAAUAUUAUUUAUAAAAAAAGAGGAAAAUAUAUAUCCACAAAUUAUUUUCGAAAUAAUUACGACCGUGAUGAAAAUAAUAAAAUAUAUAUAUAUGAAAACGAAAAUAGACACAAUAAAGGAAAAAAAAAAAUGCGAAAUAAAAGUGAUAGGAAAGGGAAAUAUACGAUUAAAGAAAAAUUAAAUAAUAUCGUUUUUUAUAACAGAACCCAACAGAGUAAAAAUUAUGUUAAUCGCAAAAUAAAGUUACGAAAUAAGGAAUUAGAAUUAGAAUUAGAAAAAAACAACCAUAAAUAUUUUUAUACAUUUUGCAAAAAUUUUCAAUUGUUAGCAUUAAAAAAACGAAAAAAAAAAAAAUUCGAAAUAUUGUCAAAAUCAAAAUAUGAAAAAAUUAAUGUCUUAUCGAAAUUUUCGCAAUUACCAAAUGAAUCAGGAAAUGAAAAAGUAAAAAAUGAAACGAAUUGCAAAGAGAAAAUAAUAACUACUUAUCCCAAUGAUAUAAACGAUGAUACAGAAAAUCCCACGAGCAUAAAUAUUUGUACUGGUAAAACAAAUUGCCCAAAUAUCACAUUAAAAAAUAAAGAAAAAUAUAUUAUCAAUGGAAUAGAGAGCUGUCAGAAUGAUAUAUAUAAAAGUAAUAAAAGUGAUCAAGAAGAUAUGCAAAAAGAGAUGGAAAUACAUAAUCAAAUGAAAAAGGUUAAAGAAAACCAUAAAGACAAUAUUAUAUGUGAGAAUUCCCCACAAAAUAAUGCUAGAGAAAGGGAUAUAAGACAUACAAUCUUCAAUAAAUUUUUCUAUAAUAACAAAAUAAAAGAAAAAGAUAUUAUUGACAUAUUGUCAUUUUAUGAUAAACGUAAAAAUAAAUUAAAACCUUUAUUAGUAGAGGAAAACAAUUAUUUAAAAUAUUUGAAAGAUAAUAUUUUAGUAGAUACUAACAUAUGUAAUGGUAUAUCCCCUAAUGAAAAUAGUAAUAUAUCUAUUGAUGCCUAUACUAAUGAAUUCAUUAGAAAGUUUACUAAUACAUACAAUAAUAUCUGUGAAAAAUAUGCUAAUGAAUGGAAAUGUAAAAGAUUUGUCAUAAAAGAUGAAUUUAAAAAAGAUAAAUCAGAGAUUAAUGAAUGUUUGUACCGAUUAAAUAAUUACAUACUUGAAAAAAAUAAACUAAAUAACGAAUGUGAAAAAUUAAUAAAUUCAUUUCUAAACAAUGAUAAUAUUAAUGAUAACACAAAAAAAGAAUUUAUAUUUAAUUGCAUAUAUAACGAUCAAAUAAAUUUUAUGGACAUAUAUAACCAAACAGAAAGCAGAAUUGAAAAAAUAAAAAAAUAUUUAAAUGAAAUGGAAAAGGGAAAUAUAGAAAAAAGAGAAAAAAAAACAAUAACAAAUCAAGAAAAUAUUAUGCUUAAAAACACACUAAAUUGUGAUACCAAAAAAGAAGAAAUUUUAUAUUCUGAACAAUGGAAUAAAAAAUCACCAUUUAACUAUAUCGAAACAAUUACCCCAAAAUUUAUUAAUAUAAACCUUAUAAACAAUAAAAAUAUGUACUCAUAUAUAAGAAGAAAAAAAUUAAAUAUUAAAAGGUCUAAUUUUUUUAAGAAUUGUCAUUUAUCAAAAUCAUUAUUUAAACUUGAAAAAAAACGUGUCUACAUAAUAAAACUAUAUAUAUUGUUUUCACAAAAUAUAACAAAAAGGAUAAAUGAGAAACAGAACAUUAAUUUGCAUAUAUUUGUAAAUGAUAUAAAAAUAGACAGUCGCUAUUAUUGUUCUUUUACUUCAAAUAAUAAUAAUAAAAUAGACUUAAAGAAAUAUUGUCGAUCUAUUUCAAAUAAUAAUAGUAUAUUUUUUAUAAAAAAAAAUAAAUAUUAUUAUUGCUAUACCAUUUUGGAUAAUAUAAAUAGUAGUUAUCGGAAAUAUUCUUAUAUAAAUUCCAAUAAAAUAACUAAUAAAUUAAUUUGUGAAUAUUCUGAUAUAUUAGAUCAUGUUCAAAGCAGCAAUUCUACUUGCGUAACGGAUAAAGAUAUCAUAAUAAAAAAGGGUAAGUAUUUUAACAAAAAAGAAGAUGAAAACGACCAAAUAAAAGGGGGACAUUUUCUUUGUGGUAUUACAAAUAAUGUUAAUCAGUUUAAUUUUCCAAAAAACGAUUGUAAUGAUAACAGUAAUGCCUUUUAUUUAAAAAGUAUAGAAAAUAUAAAAAGUAAUGGAACAACAAAAUAUACAGAAAAUGACUCGGAGGGUGAAAAGAGCGAAUCUUUUACUGAUGCUCACGAUAUUAACAUAGGGAAUCUUUUUGAUAAGAGUAUAAAUAUAAUUACUCCGAACAUUAGCUUUUCCAAAUCAUUAGGAGAAAAAAUUAAUCGCAUAAACACAAAUGAUAAUAAUAAUGAAAUCCCAAAUCUUAUAAAUUCAUACGGUUUAAUAAGAUCGCUAAGUAUUAAAAAUAAUUUUAUUUUUGAAGAUAAUAAUAAUGAUAAAAAUUUGGAGAAUUGCUUAGAGAAAAAUUCUAAGAUCUAUAAUAAGCUUAGCAUAUCACAAAAGAACAACAAAGACACAAAUUUCAUAUUAUCCAAUAAAAAUGAAUAUUUAAUAAAAUCUAUUAAUUUAGAGAGAAGUAAUAGGAAUAAUAUGUAUUUAGAAUUUUCUAAUAAUAAUAACAACAAAUUUUCAACAGAUCCAAAAAUAUAUUCAUCAGGAGCCUUAAAAAAUGAUUAUCUUAAUAUAAGUGAUAUGCUACAUAAUAGAGAAGAAAGAAAUAAAAACACAUUCCGUAUGAAUAUUUAUGAAUCAAAUAAUAUGAAUAAAAAGGAAAAUACUUCUAAAUUAAAUAAUUCGUAUACAAACAUUAUGAAUAAUCUUUGCAAUAAUAAAGCCAAACUAAGACAGGAAUAUAAAAAAAAUAAUAAAAACGAGAUAGAUGCAAUAAACAAAGAAAUUUUAGAUAAAAUCAAGAAAUUACGAAAUAUUUCUACAAAAAAAAAAAAAAAAAAUCCUCAAAAACUCACAUCGAAAAUAUUGUCACACAGAUAUAAUGAAAAUGAUACCCAACAUAAUGGUAUAUUAGAUGAUCAGUUAAAUUAUGAAGAUAAACUAAACAAUAUAUCAGGGGCAUACCAACUUAGAAAAAAAAAUAAUAAUGAUAAUAAUAAUCGCAUUAAACGCAUUAAGGACAGGAUUGCUACUAAUGCUGCCAUAUAUAAUUCGAAAGCAAAAAAAGAAGGCAACUAUUUUGAUGAUCAUUCUAGAGAAAUGCUUAGCAUUAUUGAUUCGGAUAACUAUAUAAAGGAUAACCAACAGAAUGAGGAACAUACCUACAAAUAUUUGUAUAGCGAUAAUAUUAGAAGAAGAAAACACAGUAAUGGAAAUACACAAGAUGACAACAUAACAUAUGAUAACAAAGAUGAAUUAGAAAAACGAAAGUACAAUAUUAUUGAGUAUAAAGAUGGUAAUGAAACGAAUGGUUAUAGCAUAUAUAGUGAUUGUUCUUCCCAAGACAUAUUGGAUAAGAGUAAGAUAUUUAAAAAUACAAAAAAAAAUAAAUCAAAUAAAUUAGAGAAAUAUAGCGAAAGCAUAUUGGAAUAUUAUAAAAGUUAUAACCAAGAAAAUACCGUCUCAUAUAAUGAAGAAAUAAAAAAUGAUUUAAAUGAGGAUGCGCCUUAUGAUGUUCAUAAAUACAAUCAAAUAAAUCAAUUAGAUGUUAAUAUUAAUAGUAAUUAUAAUACGGAUGGAGAAUCUAAUGCUAUCAAUUUAUGCUUAUCUACCAAAAAUAUAGUUACUGACGAAAUGCACGAAAUUAUUGAAAAGCUUAGAAAAUGGAAUAAAGAUCUAGAAAAUGAUAAUAAUUAUAUACAAUGUAUAUAUUGCAACAAAUAUUUAUUUAAAUUGAAAAAUUUGAAUAAAAAAAAUUUUAAUUUAGAAAAAACUAAUAAUGUUAACAAAAAUGAUUGUAUAUGUGUCAUUUGUAAGCAUAAAAUAAAAAUAUUAAAUAAAUACAACAAUAACUUAAUAUCAGAAAAUGCUUUAGAUAUAAAAAAGGAACAUGCUGAUGAUAUAUUAACUGAAAAUAAGAAUAAUGGAAAUAAUAAAUUUGAAGGAAGUGUGUUAUAUUUAAACGACCCUAGGCUUGAAAAUAUAUCUUAUGAGAACCACUUGAAAAAUAAUAAUUCAACUGAUUCUAAUUCUAACAAUGAGAAUGUUCACGCUAUCUUCAAUAAUAUUGAUCAUUUGAAUGAUCUAAAAAAUGAAUAUUUACAUUAUGAUAAAUCUAAUUUUAAUAUUGAGUAUAAUAAUGAAAUUGACUCAUCUGAAAUUAUUGGCAAUCAAUUAUAUCAUGAUAAAAUUCUAAAGCCAUCUUUCAAUUUUAUCACUUCUAAAGACAAUAAUGAUAAAAAAGACAGCGGAAGCGAUCACGAAAGUAAAAAUUUUACGCAACCUAAUAAUAACUCUCUUAAAAGUUCUUGCUUAAUUAAUGUUAAAAAUGAUGUGCAUAAUAGUGAAAUAUAUUCUAGUAGAAAUGAUAAUAGUAGUGAACAUUCAAUAGAUGCAAAUAAAACCGUAUAUAAAUUUUUUAGUCAUGAAAAUAUUAAAUAUGAGAGUAAUACCAAUUUUAGUUUCAAAAUAAUGCAUAGCAAUUGUACAGAGUAUAUUAACCAAAGAAAACACAAAAAGUGUGUUCGAAAUUUGCAUAUAAAAAAUAAUAAUCCGCACCACAAUUAUAUAAAUAUAUGCACAUCAAGUAAAUCUGAACAAAUGGAAACUAAUGGUAAAAAUGAGCACUGUCAAAAUAAAGUUCAAAAAAAUCGAAAGCAAUAUAAAAUAAUAAAAAAUAACAAACAAAACAUACAAAGUGAUUAUUCUAAUGAUAUGGACGACGACGAAAUUAUUGGUUACAUUAAUGAUUAUCGUGAUAAUUUUAUAAAAUCUUCAUAUCCCAAUUUUAACUAUUUUCAUAAUAAUACCCAUGAAAAUUGCGAUCAAACAGAUGAUAUAUUCAUCGGAAAUAAUUAUAAACAUUUUCAAAGCAAUGUAAGCAAUUUAAAUAUUAAAAACACACUUUUAAAACAAAUAUUAUGUAAUAUUCCACAUUCAAAUUAUAAAAAAAAUGCUAGUCUUUUAAACAAAAAAAAUCAUUCUUUAAAUCCGUUAUUAGAAGAAGAAAGAAAACAUAGGAAGCAUUAUUCUAACAACUCAAAUAUAAAUAAAAAUACAUAUAAUUUAAAUUAUAAGUAUUUAUAUACAUCCUUUAGUGAACAAAACUAUCCUACAUAUUCUGAUGAUGAUAAUGAUUCAAUGUUCUAUAAGAUAAAUAGCAACUUUAUAUAA